UUCAAUAGAAGACCAAGAUAGUAAAAUAUUCGUCACUUAAGAUUCUUUCUUCCUUUCAAGAUCUCUUUUUUAAUUACUUGCAUUGAUCCUCAAAUUAAAAUGGGUAUUCAGUUGAUUGGACUGUCUCACGCCAAGCAAAAGCUUCAAAGAAGCUUAUCAGCCAGAAUUGCGAGCCUCUUGGCGAUGUCGGGUACUAAUAAUGUCCCAAAGGGUCAUGUGGCCGUCUACGUGGGUGAGACUUACCAAAUGAAGAGAUUUGUGAUACCUAUAUCAUAUUUAAAUCAUCCGUUGUUCCAAAGUUUGCUGAAUCUCGCGGAAGAAGAAUUUGGGUUCGAUCAUCCCAUGGGAGGUCUUACAAUCCCUUGCACUGAAGACUACUUCACUGCUCUAGCUUCUAUUCUAAAUUGUUCAUGAUAAGGGAGCUCACUAUCAUCCCAAGAUUCAUUCAGAUUAUUUAUACAAAUAUAUUGUGUUUUUUUUUUCUUUGAGUGUACCCAACUCAGUGU